CCGAGAGCCGCGCUUUUGUACGAGCUGGCCCUUACAUAUGGAAAUGACGCUCGCGCGGGCCCCCAUUCGCGUCCUUUUGAAGGUCGCCCGCCCGCCCGGAACCGCGGCGCCGGCUGCGAAGUAUUGUCCCGCGGCUCGAGCCCUAACAAAGCGUCCCCCGUCGCCUUGCAGAGCACCGGAGGCGGCCGGCUGAGCACACCCCGCGGAGAGGACCCCGCGGAGAGGCCGACGGAAGGUGAGCGCUGUGGGCUAUGGGAUGGAUGAGGUGGAGCAGGACCAGCAUGAAGCCCGCCUCAAGGAGCUGUUUGACAGUUUUGACACGACGGGCACGGGGUCCCUCGGACAGGAGGAACUCACUGACCUUUGCCACAUGCUGAGCUUGGAGGAGGUGGCCCCGGUGCUGCAACAGACGCUACUACAGGACAACCUCUUGGGCAGGGUACAUUUUGACCAAUUUAAAGAAGCAUUGAUACUUAUCUUGUCUAGAACUCUGUCAAAUGAAGAACACUUUCAAGAACCAGACUGUUCCCUAGAAGCUCAGCCCAAAUACGUUAGAGGUGGGAAGCGUUACGGACGGAGGUCCCUGCCCGAGUUCCAAGAAUCCGUGGAGGAGUUUGCAGAAGUGACAGUGAUUGAGCCUCUCGAUGAAGAAGCUCGGCCGUCACACAUCCCGGCCAGUGACUGCAAUGAGCACUGGAAGACGCAAGGCAGCGAGGAGUAUGAAGCGGAAGGCCAGUCAAGGUUUUGGAACCCGGAUGAUUUGAAUGCCUCCCAGAACGGGUCUUCCCCUCCCCAAGACUGGAUAGAAGAGAAACUGCAAGAAGUUUGUGAAGAUCUGGGGAUCACCCGUGAUGGUCACCUGAACCGAAAGAAGCUGGUGUCCAUCUGCGAGCAGUAUGGUUUGCAGAAUGUCGAUGGAGAGAUGCUUGAGGAAGUAUUCCACAAUCUUGAUCCUGAUGGUACAAUGAGUGUAGAAGAUUUUUUCUAUGGUUUGUUUAAAAAUGGAAAAUCCCUUACACCAUCAGCCUCUACUCCAUAUAGACAACUAAAAAGGCACCUGUCCAUGCAGUCUUUUGAUGAGAGUGGACGACGAACCACCACCCCACUGGCAAUGACGAGCACCAUUGGCUUUCGGGUCUUCUCCUGCCUGGAUGAUGGGAUGGGCCACGCAUCUGUGGAGAGAAUACUCGAUGCCUGGCAGGAAGAGGGCAUUGAGAACAGUCAGGAGGUCCUGAAGGCCUUGGAUUUUAGCCUUGAUGGAAACAUCAACUUGACAGAAUUGACACUCGCUCUUGAAAAUGAACUUUUGGUCACCAAGAAUGGCAUUCACCAAGCAGCUCUGGCCAGUUUUAAGGCUGAAAUCCGACAUUUGCUAGAACGAGUUGAUCAAGUGGUCAGAGAAAAGGAGAAGCUACGAUCAGAUCUAGACAAGGCUGAGAAGCUCAAGUCCCUAAUGGCCUCUGAGGUGGAUGACCACCAUGCAGCCAUAGAGCGCCGGAAUGAGUACAACCUCAGGAAACUGGAUGAAGAGUACAAGGAGCGAAUAGCAGCCUUAAAGAAUGAACUCCGAAAAGAGAGAGAGCAGAUCCUGCAGCAGGUGGGCAAGCAGCGCUUAGAACUUGAGCAGGAAAUUGAAAAGGCCAAAACAGAAGAGAACUAUAUCCGGGACCGCCUCACUCUCUCUUUAAAGGAAAACAGUCGUCUGGAAAACGAGCUUCUGGAAAAUGCAGAGAAGUUGGCAGAGUAUGAGAAUCUGACAAACAAACUUCAGCGAAAUUUGGAAAAUGUGUUAGCAGAAAAGUUCGGUGACCUCGAUCCCAGCAGUGCUGAAUUCUUCCUGCAAGAAGAGAGGCUGACACAGAUGAGAAAUGAAUAUGAACAGCAGUGCAGGGUAUUACAAGACCAAGUGGACGAACUCCAGUCUGAGCUGGAAGAAUAUCGUGCCCAGGGCAGAGUGUUCAGGCUUCCCUUGAAGAACUCACUCUCAGAGGAACUUGAUGCUAACAGCGGUGGCAUUGAGCCUGACCAGGGGCUUGGUUCUGGAGAAUGCAAUCCAUUGAAUAUGAGCAUUGAGGCCGAGCUGGUCAUCGAGCAGAUGAAGGAACAACAUCGCAGGGACCUAUGCUCCCUCGGACAGGAGCUUGAAGAUAAAGUGCGCCGUUAUGAACAGCAACUGGAUGAAACUGUGGUCACCUGUGAAAAGGAGCAGGCGAACUUGAAGCAAAGGCAUGAGGCCGAAAUGUACACCCUGGAAAAACAAAUAAGCGACCUUAAGAAUGAAAGCGCAGAACUUCAGAGACAGGCGGCAGUGCUCAAGGAGGCGCACCACAAGGCCACCUGCAGGCACGAGGAGGAGAAAAAUCAACUGCAAAGGGAGUUUGAAGAGGAAAAGACCCGCCUGCAGGAGGAACUGAGGCUGGAGCAUAAGACGGAGCUCACGGCUAGGCUGGCGCAGGCAGAGGAGAGCUUCGCGCGGGAGAGGGAAGGGAUCCUUCAGAACAGCGCCCAGAUGGAAGAGAAGGUGAGAGGCUUGACCCAGGAGCUCGGGCAGUUGCACCAGGAGCAGCUGGCAAGCCUGGCGCAGAAGCACACUCUUGAGAAAGAGGAGCUGAGGAAAGAACUCCUGGAAAAGCACCAGAAGGAACUUCAAGAGGGAAGGGAAAAAGUGGAAGCAGAGUGUAAUAGAAGAACCUCUCAGCUAGAAGCCCAGUGUCAGGCCGAUUGUCAGAAAGUGACCGAGAGGUGUGAGAGUGCUCUGCACAGCCUGGAGGGGCGCUACUGCCAGGAGCUGCAUGACCUCCAUGAACAGCAACGCGAGGAGAAGUCCCAGUGGGAGUUUGAGAAGGACGAGCUCACCCAGGAGUGUGCAGAAGCCCGGGAGCAGCUCAGAGAGACUCUUGAGAGAGAGAAAGCAACUUCUCUGGCCCUGACCCAGGAGAGAGAGAUGCUGGAGAACACAUACAAAGAGCACUUGAACAGCAUGGUCAUCGAGAGAGAGCAGCUUCUUCAGGACCUGGAGGAUCUGAGAAACGCAUCUGAAAGCCAGCAGAGCCUACGGUCUGGCCAGAUGCUAGAGCCGAAGAGCAGCCGCGAAAGACAGCUGAGGGACCGUGAGCAGGCCCUGGGCCAGGCUGGGGUCUCGGAGCCGCUGGUCAGCCGGCAGCUGGAGAGGCUGGAGAUGGAGCGUGACCAGGAAGGGUCCACGCUUCUGGCCAUGGAGAGCGUGCAUAAAGUGACCCGUGAGCAAGCGGAUCGAGAAAGGGCUGAGAUGAGCGCAGAAAUCUCCAGACUUCAGAAUCAACUCAAGGCAAUGCAGCGGGCGGCAUCUCCUCUCUCCAGGCUUCAGAGUGGUUGCCGGGCCGUGGGAGGGGAGGAGACAGAAGGCAAUGGGGCCAUGUCCUUGCUUCAGCAAGGGGAGAAGCUGCUGGAAGAAAAUGGAGAUGUCCUCCUAAGCCUGCAGAGAGCUCAUGAACGAGCAGUGAAGGAAAAUGUGAAAAUGGCUAGUGAAAUUUCUAGAUUGCAACAGAGGCUGCAGAAAUUAGAGCCAGGGUCUGUUAUGUCGUCUUCUUUAGAUGAGCCAACUACUGAGUUUUUUGGCAAUUCUGCGGAACACACACAACGAUUCUUACUGCAGAACCAGAUGAAGCACACAGAAGGUAUCACUACACAGCGCGUUCUGAGUCAUCUGCAAGACGACGAGGUCCGGGAUCUGGGAAGUACAGGGACGAGCUCUGUCCAGAGACAGGAAGUCAAAAUCGAGGGGUCUGAAGCUUCCCUAGAGAGUUUUUCUGAGCUUGAAAAUAGUGAAGAGACCAGGACUGAAUCCUGGGACCUGAAAAAUCAGAUUAGUCAGCUUCAGGAACAACUCAUGACUUUACGUGCGGACUGCGAUCGAGCUUCUGAGAAGAAACAGGACCUCCUUUUUGAUGUUUCUGUGCUAAAAAAGAAACUGAAGAUGCUUGAGAGAAUCCCUGAGGCCUCUCCCAAGUAUAAGUUGCUAUACGAAGAUGCUAGUAGAGAAAAUGACUGCCUUCAGGAAGAGCUGAGGGUGAUGGAAGCACGCUACGAAGAGGCCCUGGAAAAUAGCAAAGAGCUCACUGCAGAGGUUUUCAGGUUGCAGGACGAGCUGAAGAAAAUGGAGGAAGUGACAGAAACGUUCCUAACCUUGGAAAAGAGUUAUGAUGAGGUCAAAACAGAAAACGAGGAGCUGAAUGUUCUAGUUUUGAGACUUCGAGGAAAGUUGGAGAAGCUGCAGGGAAGGGCAGUCCCGCAGUGUGACUGCUUCUCCUUAUGGGAAGCCCGUUUAGAUAACCUGGAAGUCGAUCCUGAUGGCAAAAUACUUGAACUCCAUCAGACACCGGAAGAGUAUGUGCCCAAGGUUAUGAGUGUGCACCAUAUUAUAGAAGAACGUGCACAAGAAAACCAGCACCUUGAGCAAGGAAGCACACAGCUCCUGGAAAAAGUAAAAGCGCAUGAAAUCGCCUGGUUAAACAGAACGAUUCAAACACAUCAAGAAAAGCCAAGAGUACGAAAUCAAGCUAUACUGGAGGAAGAAGCUGCUCUCCUAGACUUUCAGGACAAACAUUUUCAGCGUAAGUCCACAGUAGCAGAGUUAGAACUGGAGAAAAAAAAGCUACAGGAGCUGACCAGAAAGUUGAGGGAGAGAGUCACUACUUUAGUUAAGCAAAAAGAUUUACCUUCUCAAGGAGAGAAGGAGGAAGAGCUGAAGGCAAUGAUGCAUGACUUGCAAAUCACAUGCAGUGAAAUGCAGCAAAAAGUUGAACUUCUGAGAUAUGAAUCUGAAAAGCUUCAAGAGGAAAAUUCUAUUUUGAGAAAUGAGAUUACUACUCUAAAUGAAGAAGAUAGCAUUUCUAACCUGAAAUUAGGGAAAUUAAAUGGAUCUCAGGAAGAAAUCUGGCAAAAUAUAGAAACUGUAAAACAGGAAAAAGCUGCAAUUCAGAAAAUGGUUGAAAAUUUAAAGAAACAGAUUUCAGAAUUAAAAAUCAAAAACCAACAGUUGGAUUUGGAAAAUACAGAACUUAGCCAAAAGAAUUCUCAAAAUCAGGAAGAACUGCAAGAACUUAAUCAACGGCUGGCAGAAAUGCUAUGCCAGGAAGAAAAAGAGCCAGGAAACGGUUCACUCAAGGAAUGGGAACAAGAGAAGUCUCAUCUGAAAGGAGAACUGGAACACUGUAAAGUGCAGUCUUCCACUUUAGUGUCGUCUCUGGAGGCAGAACUUUCUGAAGUUAAAAUACAGACACAUAUUGUGGAACAGGAAAACCUCCUUCUCAAAGAAGAACUGGAGAAAAUGAAACAACUGCACAGAUGUCCUGAUCUCUCUGACUUCCAGCAAAAAAUGUCUAGUGUUCUAAGCUACAAUGAAAAACUGCUGAAAGAAAAGGAAGCUCUAAGUGAAGAAUUAAAUAGCUGUGUUGAUAAGCUGGCAAAAUCGAGUCUUUUGGAGCACAGAAUUGUGACCAUGAAGCAGGAACAGAAGACUUGGGAGCAUCAAAGUGAGAGCUUGAAGUCACAGCUGGUAGCUUCCCAGGAAAAGGUUCAGAAUUUAGAAGAAACUCUGAAGAAUGUAAACCUGCAAAUGUCCCAGAUUAAAUCUGACCUACGAGUGACUCAACAGGAAAAGGAGGCUUUAAAACAAGAAGUGAUGUCUCUACAUAAGCAACUUCAGAGUGCUGGUGACAAGAACUGGGCUCCAGAAAUAGGCACUCAUACAUCAGGGAUCCAUAGCCUGCAGAAAAGACUGUCUUGGGACAAGUUGGAUCAUCUAAUGAAUGAGGACCAACAGCUGCUUCGGCAAGAAAGUGAGAGGCUCCAGACCGUCGUGCAGAACACCAAAGCCGAACUCACACACUCCCGGGAGAAGGUCCGUCAACUGGAAUCCAGCCUUCUUCCCAAGCACCAGAAACAUCUAACCCCAUCAGGUACUGUGAAACCCACAGAGCAAGAGAAGUUGAACUUAAAGAGAGAGUGUCAACAGUUUCAGAAAGAACGAUCUCCUACUAAUAGAAAGGUCAGUCAGAUGAAUUCCCUUGAACGAGAAUUAGAAACAAUUCAUUUGGAAAGCGAAGGUCUGAAAAAGAAACAAGUAAAACUGGAUGAGCAGCUCAUGGAGACGCAGCACCUGAGGUCCACUGCGAUGCUUAGCCCAACCCCUUGGGCCUGGGACCUGCAACCGCUCCAGCAGCAAGCCUGUCCGACGGUGCCCAGGGAGCAGUUUCUGCAGCUUCAACACCAGCUGCUGCAGGCAGAGAGGAUAAACCAGCACUUGCAGGAGGAACUUGAAAACAGGACCUCCGAAACCAACACGCCACAGGGAAACCAGGAACAACUGGUAACUGUCAUGGAGGAACGAAUGAUGGAAGUUGAACAGAAACUGAAACUGGUGAAAAGACUUCUUCAAGAGAAAGUGAAUCAGCUCAAAGAACAACUCUGCAAGAAUACUAAGGCAGAUGCCAUGGUGAAGGACUUGUAUGUUGAAAAUGCCCAGUUGUUGAAAGCUCUGGAAGUGACUGAGCAGCGACAAAAAACAGCAGAGAAGAAAAAUUACCUCCUGGAAGAGAAGAUUGCCAGCCUCAGUAACAUAGUCAGGAACCUGACACCAGCGCCAUUGACUUCCACACCUCCUUUGAGGUCAUAGCCAAACCAAAGGGUACAUUCAUAAUAGUGCACUUUACUGAAAUAGGUGGAACAUUGCAGUAGAUUCUCUCAACUCUCUCUCUUUUUCAAACCUUUAAUGGCUUAAAAUUGAGCCUAACCUAAAACUGCUAGCAGCAGAAUGGCAGUUUCUUCGUCAUAAUUCAUUUUUCUAAGUAGACCCUUGUAGAAGUUUCAAGUAAGUAUUCAUAUAUUUCACUGUUUCAGUUAUAUCCAAGACUUAAGUUUAUUUUUUAAAAAAGUCUACUAGUAGCCACCAAGUUGGAUAUAUGAAAACAAUUCAAGAACCUUAAAAUCCUAGUUUUGAAUGAGUUUAUUUUUAAAAAUCACUAUUAUAAAUCUGUGUGUAAAGUCCAACUAUCUUAAGUUUGAGAUCUGAUUAGAAUGGCUGUUAUGAACUUGGUUUUAAAACCAAAUUUAGGUGUUCUUAUACAUUGAAAUA